CCCUCCAGCAGCACGUUCUGGGCCGCACAGCAGCGACACCCCUGCCGUGUGAAUGGUGACAGCGGUCAGCAGGACAGAGGAGCUGUGCGUUCACACUUCCAGCGUUUUCAUGGCUGGUUCUGCGCUUCUGUGGCAGGUUUGUCAGUCGUGAUCAUGGUUUGUUGUGGAGUGUUCAGGAACACAACGUGUGUUGUCAGUCAACAGGUGUGGGACAUUUAUGGGUGCGUGAUUUUCCCCGCUGCUGGGGGUCUAACGUCUCACUGGAAGCUGGAAAGGUGAAGCGACUUUACGCGCAAGCUUUUCUCCGUAUACGCAGCUGAUCGGAGUGCCCGGAGGUGAUUACUGCGCAGUGGGAUGGAAGAGGAAAUCAACAACGAUUCCUUCCCAGAUCUGAAAGAACUGGAAAACAAGGUUGGCAGGAAGACACCGGAAAGCCUUCUGAUUUGGAUGAGAGAUGCUGCGGACUGCGAAGAUGUUUGGAGGUCUGAUGUGCUCGACAGGGAAGACCGCAGCUCUGCCUUCAGCGACAGCUUCUCUGACAAAAUCAGCAACUUAAAACAAGAGAUGGUAAAGAUUCCCAUUGUGUUCAAUGGUUUAAUAUUCAUAUUAUAGAUACAGUGUGCUUGAAAUGUACAAACUCCCUCUGCUUUGUACUGAGUUUAUACUGUUGGAGUGCGUCUUGCGCAUACCUGCGCAUCUUUUCAUAUUUGGGCAAUGCCACAACUUGCGCAGCCUGUUUCAGCAAUCAUUGCUCUGUUUAUUCUGAUCAUGUGUUUUCCUUUUACCUGCAGAAACGUCAACACCACUGAGUUCCGUUCUGGUCCACUUCACCACUCAUUUAAAUGUCUAAUGACAGACAUUGUCACCUGUCUCUCCACCACACCCCUCACCUGGCCUCUCUUUCAUUCUCCUCCAGUCAUUUAACACAUUCUGAUGGGGUUGCUAUACUCAUUCCUCUGCAUAACACUAUUCCCUCAUUCUUCUGUUUUUUUUUUUUUUGUUUGUUUUUUUUUUUGCUCUUUUCUUCUGCUUCAUGCACUGUUGUCAGAGGGGCCUCACUACUCGGGCAGAAUGACUGUCUGGGGGCCCCUGAGAGAGGUUAAGUGCUACAGUGAACAUACAUGCCUCUCUCAGCUCUCCCCAUACAUACAGCACACACACGCCAGUUCCCUUAUUUACACCUGCAUCAUCCUUAUCUACCCUAACUCCACGCUAUUCUUGCAGAGGUGGCUGCGCUCUGCCGACGUGAGGAUUCUUCGCCAGCUGGUGGCCGUGCAUGAGGGGAUCGAGGCCAUGCGUUGGCUGAUGGAGGAGCGGGAUGCCUUAGCCAGCCGUGGCAGCAGCUUGACGGGCAGCCUGAGCAGCCUUGUGACUGUGGAGGAGCACGGGCCCUCCAUGUCCCCCUGCAGAGAAAGCCUGAGUCCCACUCAGGGUUUGACUGAAACCGCUGGUGAGGAAUCAGAAGAUCACCUGCCACUCACUGACCAUGGUGAUUCAAACCACAACAUGCUGAGCCCUGAGUCUACUAAAACAAGACCUCCUAGUCUUUCCACCUCCACAUUUGAAGGCAGACAUGAUCAGGCAUCGUCCAGUCCUGCAAGCGGUUUGGUUAUUGCCAAUUUACUAAUGUCCCAACCACGGGACUCAGAUGUAGCUCCGUUACAGGACAUCAAAUCCGGUGCUGACACCAUCAGGAGAGCUCUGCUCAGAUCAAACAGGGCAAGAAGAGCAGUAAAAGUGGAUAAUGAUGCUGAACAGUCAGAGGGGACACGGGCAGAGACAGAGGUCCAAACUCAGGAGACUUUCAGAGCCUCUCAGAACAAUACGAUGGAAAAGGAAGAGAGUGCACCUAAUAUAGAGACAAAUCUGCUAGGAUAUGAUACUCAGUGGUGCUGGGUGGAGUCACAGGAUGAUGUGACGUUUCUAUGAUCUUCUAUAAGCACAAUUUUAAUGUAUGAUCUUUGGUUUAAAGCUUUUACCCUCAACAGUUAACUGCCAGUAAUACAGCAGGAUUUAAUACGCACUUUGACUUAUGUAUGAACAACGCUUAAAGAUGAAUGUGUCACUGUCUCAGUUUCCCUCCUCACUCUGUCAGUGCGUCUGGUCAGGAUGUAUGCCAUCUGAUAAUGUUUUCCCCUUUACCUGUAUAUUUUAGGAAUUCCACAAGAAAAUCGACAAAAUAAAUAAAUAAAAUAUUGCAAAUGAAGGAAAUCACAAAUAUGUACGAGCUCUUUUUAAAAAAUAUCCAGACAUACAGUAUUAUGUCCUUGUCUAAUAUUUUUUUACACACUGGGAACUAGAAUUUUAGAGAGACAGAUCAUGACUUUGAGAGACUUUGUUUUUUCAAGCAGUGGGCCUUCUUUUUUUCAUUAGACUGCACUGAAUUUCAUUUGUCUGUCUUAUUGUAUUUAUGAGACAAGAAUGGUCAUAUUUUGUGCUCAUUUCUCACAUAAUGUAUUGUCUGGUCUCCAUGCAAUCUCUCAUAAUUGUGGAUAUACUGCAACAAUAACCAUGUGAGGAUUUUAAAGAUGAUUUGUUCUGCCUUUGUUGUGCUUAAAUUGUUAUGCAAUGGUGAGCCUAAUAUUCCUGCUGGUAAUAAAGAAGACA